ACAAGUUGCAAUUCUUCUGAUUAGAGACUAUCAUGAAAUGGGAUAUAUGGUUUACAGCAGGUCACUAAUGCUGGAAAAAGUACAGAGUCCACUCAAAGACAUGCUCGUUACUUUCUGAAUUCUUGGAUAAUUUUUUUGUUGUUGUUGUUCAUCACGCUGACUUUCACUUAAGGCUAUCAUAGCCUGGGUCUCAAGGCCAGAAAAGUUUACAGGCUGCACCUCUCCUGUACUCAAUGCUGUACCCCUUGUACCCAAGGAUACGGUAUAUUUACACCUAAUAAUGUCUUCUGGUUCCCACGCAGCCAUCAUACAAGAAUCUAUAAAACAUGGACUUACAUCUGCUGAGGGGACAGUUUCUUUCCCAAAGCCUGAGUUGGAGGCACUAGCAAUCUCUAUUUAAUGAAUCCCUAGGAAUUGAAUGCCAUAUCGCCUCGGCAAAAUGAUGAGAGAAGACCAUUGGCUACGGAGUUUGGAAGGUUUCGAGGUGCUGGUGUCGCGGACGGACACGGAGCCCCCAGCCCGGCCCGCAGCCGCCUUGUCAUGCUACCCAAAGUGGAAACGGAGGCCCUCGGACUCGCCCGGUCGAAUGGGGAACAGGGGCAGAUGCCGGAAAACAUGCAAGUGUCUCAGUUUAAAAUGGUGAAUUACUCUUACGAUGAAGACCUUGAAGAGCUGUGUCCAGUCUGUGGAGACAAAGUGUCUGGGUACCAUUAUGGACUUCUCACCUGUGAAAGCUGCAAGGGAUUCUUUAAGCGAACAGUCCAGAAUAACAAAAGGUACACAUGUAUAGAAAAUCAGAAUUGCCAGAUUGACAAAACACAGCGAAAACGAUGUCCUUACUGUCGAUUUCAAAAAUGUCUAAGUGUUGGAAUGAAAUUGGAAGCUGUGCGAGCUGACCGAAUGCGUGGCGGUCGAAACAAGUUUGGACCAAUGUACAAGAGAGACAGGGCAUUGAAGCAGCAGAAGAAAGCUCUUAUCCGAGCAAAUGGACUGAAACUGGAGGCCAUGACUCAGGUGAUCCAAGCAAUGCCAACUGACCUGACAAUAUCCUCUGCAAUCCAGAACAUCCAUUCAGCUUCUAAAGGCCUACCUCUGAACCAUACUGCCUUGCCUCCUACAGACUAUGACAGGAGUCCCUUUGUGACUUCUCCCAUCAGCAUGACAAUGCCACCCCACGGCAGUUUGCAAGGCUACCAAACCUAUGGCCAUUUUCCAAGCCGUGCUAUCAAGUCCGAGUACCCUGACCCUUACACUAGCUCACCAGAGUCAAUAAUGGGCUACUCAUACAUGGAUAGUUAUCAAACAAGCUCACCAGCAAGUAUCCCACAUCUGAUAUUGGAACUCCUGAAAUGUGAGCCCGAUGAGCCACAAGUCCAAGCUAAAAUCAUGGCGUAUCUGCAGCAAGAGCAAGCCAACAGAAGCAAACAUGAGAAGCUCAACACAUUUGGGCUAAUGUGUAAAAUGGCUGACCAAACUCUCUUCUCCAUUGUUGAGUGGGCUAGGAGUAGCAUCUUCUUUAGAGAACUUAAGGUUGAUGACCAAAUGAAGUUGCUUCAGAACUGCUGGAGCGAACUCUUAAUUCUAGAUCACAUUUACCGGCAAGUGGUACAUGGGAAAGAAGGGUCCAUCCUUCUGGUUACUGGGCAACAAGUGGAUUAUUCUGUAAUAGUAUCCCAAGCUGGAGCCACCCUCAAUAAUCUUAUGAGCCAUGCACAAGAACUGGUAGCAAAGCUUCGUUCGCUGCAGUUUGACCUACGAGAAUUUGUCUGUCUCAAAUUCCUGGUGCUGUUUAGUUUAGAUGUCAAAAAUCUUGAGAACUUCCAGCUUGUAGAAGGUGUUCAGGAACAAGUGAAUGCUGCUCUGCUGGACUACACAAUGUGUAAUUACCCACAGCAAACAGACAAAUUUGGGCAGCUUCUCCUGCGACUACCAGAAAUCCGGGCCAUCAGUUUGCAGGCCGAAGAAUACCUCUAUUACAAACACCUGAAUGGGGAUGUGCCGUGUAAUAACCUUCUCAUUGAGAUGCUGCAUGCAAAGAGAGCAUAAAUUAUACCCAUUACAGCUUCUGCUUUCAAGGAAAAGAAAUUAUUCUGAACUGCUCCAAGCAACACUAAUUAAAACGUGGUUUUAAGACUUUGCAAAAUGGUAUAAUAAUCAAAUACUAAUAGUAAAUAAGUGAUGUAUCAGGGUAUUUGUAUUGCAAACUGUGAAUCAUAUGCUACACAUCCCCAAAGGAAUCUAUAUAGGACUUUAUGCUGGAGUGAACUUACCAAGUGGAUACCAUCACCAAUGUCAACAUGAAAAAGGACAGAAUGAUCCUUGUAUAUUUAACUCUCCUGAUUGCCAACAUGAAGAAACCUAGGUGAAAAAAACUUGAUCUGUAUUAUUGAGCUAAGAUGGUGGGGAAUUUGAGUGCACUAAAUUCCUUCACUGCAUAGGACUCGUAAAACAGUUACAACAGAUACAAAACUGUAUCUACGGCAUCUUCUGUCAUCCUUACAAGGACCCAACACUUAUUUCUUCUGUGCUAAAUGAUGUGGCAUCCAUUGAACAAGCUGUAAGAGAGAGCUGGCCUAGGCCACGUGAUGUGUGCUGUGGCCACCAAACCCUCCGAGGCUGGGCCUGCAAACUGCUCCCAGGAUGAGUCUGGUAUCCAGUUAGCUUGGCAUUCUUAACUGUGUCCUGAAGUUUGUUUUGUCACGUGUUCAUGUUGUUCUAUCAGGCAGUAUCCCUCUUCUACUGCUCUUAUCAGAUAGCUGUUAACUAGUUAAGGAAAUAUUCCAAAGUAAAUUAGCCAAUUCAACUGCAUACUCAACCAGGGCAGCAGCUAAAAGAUGGCUCCACUAUAUAUUCAUGGUUGUUUCCAAAUAAAGUAAAUGGAGAUAUUUUAGCCAUCCCUAAAAACACUUUCUUUGACAAGAAAACAGAAAUUAGGACACCAAAUACUGAUGUUUAAAAAACUAAAAAUAAUUUUCUUUAAAAUAAUUUUGUGAUGAAAGAAGUGACAAGUGAAUUGUACAACCAGAUGAUGCCAUGGGGCUUAUUAAAUGAUCCUUAAAAUUUCCAGUAAUUUGUAAACGAAAUUUCAACUCAAACAUCCAAUAUCUAAUGAAACUUCCUGUUUUUAAAGUUAGGUAAUACACCUAUUUUACGCAAAGAAAGAAGAGUGAUACUGCUGUGUCUGUGUAGGCCAAAGUCUGCUGCAGAACAAAUAUUAGAAAAGAACAAACACUUCUCUCUCUGCCCAAAUUAAGAUAUCAGUAUUAACAUGUAGUGCCACAUUUAUAAGUCUUGCCUUAUUUCAUUACCCUUAAAGGUAACUGUGCAGAUGUAGAUCAACAUACGUUUCAAAAUAAAGUAUUAAUCUCUAACAUUGACAAAAACAUAGUGUUUACAUUCUUUAGGUCCUGUGGGGAAAAAACUGUGAUAAAAUUGCAGAGCAGUGAUUUCCUUAUUAUUUCUUUUAAAUUGGUAAUUAUUUUACCAGUACUUAAUUACUGUAUGUCGUGAGACACUAAAAUCAAUAGGGGUAUUUCAUUUUGACUUUAAUUUUUGAGAUUAUCGGCUGCACAAUCACUUGUAGAAACUGUAUAAAAUCCUAAUACUUUAAUUUUUUUCAUGAAGAUUGCUGGCUUUUGAAUAGUUUAUUUAUAUUGUAUAUGAUAGUUUUCACUGUAGACAAAUAUGAUGCUAAUUUAUUGUUCUUUGGUUUCAUCUUUAUAUAAGAUAUAGCCAGAAUGAAGAAGCCAAAUAUAUGUGUUUACUGUAGCAUGUCUUCAAGUUAGUGGAACAUAGUUCAGGGAUGCAGAAGGGUCUUUACAAAUUAAAAUCAUUCACUUGAUUAAAUGUCUGUAAAUCUUCAUAAUUCUGAAUGUGGUUUAUUUAAAUCUAUUGUAAAUUAUGUGAGUUAUAACUUUUUCUGUUUCAUGUGAACUUGAAAAGGUGCAUUUCUCUCACUUUUGUCCAGCCAUUCAUACAUUGUAUACCAAAGACAUCAGUUAUUACAUCUGCAUUAGUACGAAGCACACUAUUUCAAUUGCCUGUAUUAAUCAGCUCUAAUAUUCUGUCCAUGCAUAGGGUACCAACACAGCAAAGCCAAGUGUCUGCAACUCCUACAUGCCUGUCUUGUACCACAGCACACGUGUACUGUCCUACAGACCUCGAGCACCACCCCUCAGCAUCCCCCAGGGCAGAUGAAAAUUAUUGAAAUAUUAUUAUUUAAAUACCAGUGUUCUCCCUCAAACAAAUGAAACUAACAGUAAAGUGUGGGUGCUGAUUGACAGUGGCUGUGAAAUACACAAACAAGAUAAGUGUAGUCAUUCUUCCCUUUUUGAAAGAAAAGCAAAGCAUUAAUUCAAGUGUUUGCAUUCUUUAUUUUCUCUUUUUUUUCCUAUUGAAAUGCUACAGUGAACCUCACUGAAUAUUAAGGAGAAAUCUGAAAAAAUAUUGCUAACUAUUCACAGCACCAUUAUCCUUAUACAGGACAGAGGAAUUAAAUAAGAAUGUACAAGAAAGGAACUAUUUAGGUUAAUGGAAAUGGUUUCAUAUAAUUAAACAUGUAUUUGCCCACAUCCGGGGUUCCAAGAAUCCCAUCAUAUUGCUCAAAGUACAUGAACAAAACAAAACAAAUCACAAAAAGAACCCGCUCACGUUAAUUGUUAACUACUUUGUAACCAAGCAUUUUCUUCUGACUGCCUUAUUGAUUACAGGAUAUAUUAGUUAAAGCAGACUAAAAUUCAAAAGGUUUGGCUUUGGCUGGUUUAUUAUAGUUGUUCUGUGUUUGUAAACAGACAAUCUGUAAAGUCUGGCUAUUUGUAUUACAGAUGUUCUGCAGCUGCCUUGGAUUUAAAUCCAUGCAACUCUUAGAAUGUGCAGUGAGUUACUUGUUGAAGUUGAAGUUCUCUUACUGUAUCAGUGAAAUACAUAUUGUCAUGUCAGUUCUUGCCAAGAGUUUCUCAUCACCAAUGGAAUUAUUUUUUUCAGUAUUUCAAUAAAUAUUGAUAUGCCCAUGCUGAUUAUUUUAUAAUUGUCUUUAUAAUACCAUCAUUCCACUGAAAUGAAGCAUCCGUCAAAAAUCAGUUACUUAGAAGAAGAGAGUAAAAUGCAGGAGAAAUAUGAUCACCAAAGAGAAUUUGAUACAAGUGGAAGACACAAGUGUAGAGAACAGCACCUUCAAAAGUUCAUACAGCAAUGGUGACAUUGCCUAGGCUGAAGCCAAGAAAAUGCAGCUAAAACAGAUCAGAAAAGCUGAAUCUCUAAUCAGAAAGAAAUUUACCACUUAAUACUUUCAAAUUAAUACCUUUGAUCUCAUACUGCACACGUAAAUUUCACUUUACAUGUACUUUUGCAGCCAAAGCAUCAGGGAGAGAAAAUGACAGAACGAAAGAAAAUCAGGUAACAGGAUCCACCGGAGCUCAGGAUAACCUCUCAGCAAUGUAAAUACAUGGCAGGGCCAGGGGCAAACCCACAGCUUCCAACACAACUGCCAGUGCAGGCUGCCAAGGAGACAGAUGUUACUGCUACUAGAGAAAAUAUUUUCCUAAAGCUGCCCUCUGGCUCAUUUGAUUGCUGUUCUGAGAGCAGGAGGUGAAGUGGUCCACGAGAGCUUGUCAGCUGUACCCUGCUGUUUUGAGACCGAGUCCAGUGCUUCUCCUGAACUGUCUGGUAGCUGAAAUGGGGCCGUUCUCUCAGGUGCCAAAUGUUAAUGCUUCAAGGGAAAAAAAACAAGGCUAUAAUUAGUUAUUUACAAAUCCUGCACUUGAGUGAAACAAAGUUGGUUUAGUGUUGCAAUAAAAGCAGAGUAAAACACAGAGGAUUUGGUGGCUUACAAAUGAGGAAGGAUUAUUUUAACUUUUAGAAAUCAUAACUGAAAACCAUGGUUUUGCAGAAGACCCAGGGGAGAUUUCAGGGUUGAUAUAUUUUAGAUUGUUUUCCUUACAAGAGAUAAAUUUUGGUGUGAUAUAUUUAGUAUACACAUUACAUGUUUAAAGUAUGAGGGGAUUUAUUUUUAACUGAGUUUCACACUGCUUCUGGAACAAUCUGCUGUAUAUUUUUAUUGGAAACAUGGAAAGAGUGAGUUCAAUGUAACACAGGUCAAGUCAGUACAAUACUUGGUGAUCUUGACAAUUUCCUGGAAUACUGAAUAACACUCUAUUAACCCCUACCUUGAAGGCCGUAGUCUAAAUACAUCACAAGAGUUUUAAUAAUAUUUUUACCUUCUCUGACAGUUUCUGGUUUUUUCCAGGGAAAUUCUAUAUUGUUGCAUCUGUCAGAAUUUGGAAUGGCAAACAGCAUUAAACUAACAGCAAACCAAGAAAGUUGCAGAUAAACUAUUAGGGGCAGAUCCUAGAGCUGUAUUACACUAUGACACUGGCAUGAGCCCAAAUAUUUCUGUGACAGUCAAGCAAAUUCAGUUGCACUUACGUAGAAAAAAGAUACAUUUUCUUAGGGCAACUUGUCAACAGAAAAACUUUUCCUGAAUGAUAAAGGUAAGAGGGGACAUGACCCUCAAAUGGAGUAUAGAGCUGACAUCUACUCUGAUGCUGGUGGAUCUCAGCAGCAGGCAGCAGCACUAGAAGUUGCUUGAUAGAUACAGUCUGGUCUGGCACACAUUGGUGGGACAAGAUGUAGAUUAUCUGCAUCAAGAGAAUUCGGUUUGCUCCAAUACAUAACAAAAUGCUCUCUAUUUUGCUGACAGUUUUGAAGUUUGGCAUGCAAACUUGGACUUGCAAUACUAGGUGAGUUUUCACCAUUGCCCCAAGAAGAUCCUGACCCAUUUCCAUUUCACUGUAACUUCUCUAAAUCCUACAUUAAGUGCUGUGAAUGUCCUGUGCGUGCCCCAGGGGACAAUUCAGACUUGAGGUAAAGCAAGGUGGCGGAGCACAAGCUCCUGAUGGUUUCUGUAUUCAUGCAAGCCUAGACCACCGCUGCCCUGCCUCAGCAAGGACUGCAGGGCUUACCAUUAGUUGCUAAUAAAACAGAGGCCAAAACAAGCAGCACUGGAGUCACAAUUAUGUCCAUUGACAUCUUGCCCUCCCUGUGUUCAGGGAUGAGGGUGUAAAUGGGUGAAAUGGCUCUCAUGCUGAGGUGCAGCAUGUCAGAAUGCUUCCAGUAACACUGAUUGCUUAUCAUGCUGCUGCAUACCAGAACCUUCACAGAGCAAGAUCCUCCCUGUGCAGUGUUCACAUCAAUCACCCUGCCACUGAUGCUGCUGAACAUUUGCUGGAUACCACCAAUCCAGGCUGUCAGUUGCAAUUAUCAAGCAAAACAGGGACUCUGCAGCAGAGGGAAUAAAGCAUGUUUGUGGGAAGGACCCCGAACAAGCUCCUGUUUGUACAACAGAAAAUGCUGACGGCCUUUCAGUAGUUGCUGGCAUGCCUACAGACGUGUGCACACCCCCACAUGCCACCUCUGGGAAUUCCUAAAACACGCUCAAACAUCCAGUAUUUCUGUUCCUGUAUCAAAUAUUUUAUGAGGCACAGCUCCCUGGGGGACACAGAGUUUCAGUCAUACGCACAGGUCGAUUCCUGCUCCGCAGUGGUGUCCUCCGACUCAUAUAAGCAGAAGAGUGUUGGUGCAGAAUAGCAGAGAAUUGAGGCAGACAUUUCAAAUCAAUACUCUGGUGUUUAUACCUUGCACUACAUCAUGACAGCUGUCCUGCUCUUUACAACUUGGUCUUGAUAAACAUAUGUCAAAGAAGGAAAGUUCUGCAAAGAGCUCUGCUUCCUAUACCAAGGCAGCACACUGAAAUUGUACAUUAAAAGAAGGUCUGAACGAAUGCCUUUGUUUGAACUCAACAAUAAAAGAUAUAGAAGAUUGUAAAUGUCUGUUAUGAUCAGUCCAUAAACAAUAGUAGAGAGCAAAAGAGAUAACAGGGGAGGAAUAGCUCCACAAGUAAAAUAAAAAAAGGAAGCACAUGGACAUGGAGGAGACAUGAGAAUAUUUAUGUUUCAUAAAUAUUUAAUCUUGAUUCACUUUUAAUCUAAAAGAAAAAAAAUUAAAUAAAAUAUGCUGGAUUAUUAUAAUUGCUUUGAAGUAUUAACAAGGCCUGAAUAAAUUAUCAUGUAUAUAUUUUAGGGACCUGCCACAGUAAGCCAUAUUGGAUUUAGUUUUCAU